GUUUUAAUACAAAUACAUUUCUAUUCGGGGAUCUCUGGUCGGAGACAUUAAAGCGACGGACUCACUUCCGCUCGCGCAGGGUCAAACUCUCGCGGGACCGGAUCCACUUCCUCUUCGCACGGAACCUGCUUCAAGAUGUCUCUGGUCAUCCCCGAGAAGUUCCAGCACAUCCUCCGUGUGCUCAACACGAACAUCGAUGGACGGAGGAAGAUCGCCUUCGCCAUCACUGCCAUCAAGGGUGUUGGCAGACGGUACGCCCAUGUGGUCCUGAGGAAGGCCGACAUCGACCUGAGCAAGAGGGCGGGAGAACUCACUGAGGAGGAGGUGGAGCGGGUGGUGACCAUCAUGCAGAAUCCUCGCCAGUACAAAAUCCCAGAUUGGUUCCUCAACAGGCAGAAGGACGUGAAGGAUGGAAAAUACAGUCAGGUCCUCGCCAACGGCCUGGACAACAAGCUGAGAGAAGAUCUGGAGAGGCUGAAGAAGAUCCGGGCUCACCGCGGCCUGAGGCACUUCUGGGGUCUGCGUGUGCGUGGUCAGCACACCAAGACCACCGGCCGCCGUGGUCGCACUGUCGGUGUGUCCAAGAAGAAGUAAAGUCGCCUGCUUCCUUUUGUUUGAAUAAUAAAAAGCCACAGUUCACAGAA